UAACGUGCUCCUCCGUUUUAGUUCACAUUGGUGCCACUUAAGAUGAAAGGAAUGGACACGCAUAAACUAUAAAAUCUGUCAGGAAAAUUUACUUUUAUUUAUUAACAUCUUUGUGGAUGACAUGAUUUUCAAUUUCAUUUUCAUUUCAAACUUUUUUACACUUGUGGAGAAAAGGUGACCCUGAAAACGUUUUUAUUUUAUAUACCAUCUUCGUUGUGCUCCAUUUUUUGGGAGGAUAUGAGAGAUUUGUUAAAAAAUGCUAUUUGGUUCAUUCUGUUAUAAAAUGCAUUAAAUAAACACUGUGAAAAUAAUUUAAUUUUCUGAGCUUGCUCAUUUCCCCCCUCUUUUUGAAGUUGUAGAUUCUUUGUUCUACACGCAAAUCAUAGACAAGCUGUUUAUGAAUAUUUUGUGGAGAAGAGUUUGCGUUUGCUAUGACUCUUAUGCAUGUUGCAUGUUGCCAAACAUGAUAUUGUAUUUUGAGUUGAAGAAUACAUGGAGGAGACAACGGAUGACACUAGACUGGUGGAAGGAUCAGUUCAUAAUGCCCAGUGGUGGCCAUCAGGUCUUAUUGAUAAACUGCGAGUAAUUUCUCUGGCUUCUCCAGAUGAAACCUCAAGUUCUAAAUCAAAAUGUCAGCUUGACUGUGGGAGUCCAGCCCUUCAUUUAGCAUCACAGAUUUUGUGGGACACUGGAAAGCUAGCAGAACCAAUUCCGGAUGGUUUCUACUUCGUCUAUCCAGAAAGAAGAUUCAAGGAGCUUUUUGAUACUAUUCCCUCCAUAGAUGAGCUCCAGGCUUUGGAUGCUGAUGGGCUCAGGCCCAAUGUUAUUCUUGUUGAUGCACGUAAAGAUAAGAAGCUUUCUAUGUUAAAGCAGCUAGCUGUCACAUUGGUGAGGGGACUCAAUCCAAAUCCUGCCGCCAUAAUCAAGAAGCUAGCUGGAUUGGUCUGUGAUUUCUUCAAAAGACCCAAAUUGGAACCCGAUCAUGUGAGAGGCGCACUAGAAGCGGUCUCUCAUGCAUUGGAUAGUCAAGGUAUCCAUAUGCUGGGCCAUGUAAAGCAUGGAUCUUGCCAUUCCAAAGCUAUCUUAUUCAAAGUUCUUGCUGACACUGUUGGCCUGGAAUGUAUGCUUAUGGUGGGUUUAGAUAGAGAAGGGGUAAUACAGCGAUCAGACGCGUAUAGGCACAUGUCUGCCAUAGUUGUUUUAAAUUCUAGUGAAUUUUUGGUUGAUCUUGCACGUAGCCCUGGGAAAUUGGUGCCAUGCUCAGCCAAGGCAGUCCUUCUCUCUCAUCUCUCUGCUGGUGAGAGUGAUUCUGCUGAAAAUGAUUCAUAUGAUUCACCUAUUGAACCAAAUAGUCCAGUGCGUGCAUUUUCAGAUCAAACAGAAGUUGAAGGUCCCGAGCAUCCUUUCUUCCGUGGACAUGGGCGAUCUUUGCUUGGAGAUUGCAGGCAUUCAUUCCGAGAGUAUGACAAUGAUAUUAACGCAUCAAGGUCUGUAGCUACAGCAUUUGUAAUAUGAUAGUCAGUUCACAUGAAGCAUGUGUUUUAUAUCCUCU